AUGAUAACAAAACAUGCUCACCAACGAGUAUCGCUCAAAAGAUGUUUACUGAUCAUUGGUAUUUUAUUUUUUAUUUCUAUCAUCGUAUUUUGGUAUUUUUCCGAUCAUUUACCUCGAUAUCAAUAUCAAUUUAAUCUUGUAGCUGAGUCAACAUUACCAUCUACGCCAGGAUCGACUACAACUGCUGUUAUAAUUCAAGAAUGGUCAAUUCAGGAUUGGGUUCGACAGUACAACGUAACUCAUCUGUUCGAUUGGACUUGGCACAAAAAUGGUGAUUAUAAGCGAUGUCAUAUACCACCUAGUUAUACUUCGAAAUUCAUACCUCGAAAACUUACUUCGACAGUUGUCGUUCAUGACACUUAUGCUUAUUUUCGUUCUCAUCCCGACGAAGGAUGUAUUGUAGAUAGUGCACCAACUCUACCAAAUCCUAUUCCUCAUCCCGUACCUCGUGCUCGUUCAUGGCCUGAAACAUGUGCUGCAUUGAACAUUAGUCAUAGUUGGAUUCUAUGUUUUCUACCACAAUCGGAAGUAGGAAAAUAUCUGCCGACUACGACUCACUUCGUAGCAACAGCUACAUUUAAUGCAUUUGUCGACAAAGGUCACUGUAGUACAGAUGUACCAGGCACAGUAUUUACCGAACAUGCCACGUUUCAUCCUCAAGGAUGGGUCAAUGCACGCUGUACAGUGGAUCCUAUCACUCGUCUACCACUGAUUAAACCUAAAAAUCGACACAUCGAACUUAUUGAUUCUCUUGGGGUUUAUCUCUCAGCGCCUGGACAUUUUGCACCACAGCAACUGCCAAGAUUAUUACGUUUACUUGCCGUCGCUCCAAUGACAGCAAAAGUUCUCGUGGCAAAAGGUGGUGUCGCCGAUUUAUUGGUGGAUGUUCUUGUCGAACGAGGUGUCGUUACACGUGAUCGAAUCAUUCCUUUUGAAAAUGGUCGAUACGCUGAUCAUUUUGCCAACAUUGUAUAUCAUAGUGAAAGUUGGCCAUAUCAAUGGAAUCAAACUCAUUCACAUCGUCUUCACGAUCGAACGGAUGUGCAACUUGUCCAUCGAGUCCUAGCCGGUGGUGCGGAUCAAUCAUCAACUGAGAAAAGAAACCGUGUUAUUCUUAUUAAACGAAAACCCGGCCAUUCACGAGCAUUGAUUCAACAUGAAGAUGUUGCUGCAUUUAUGAAAUCUGAAAUCAGUAAAUCAAAUUUAUCAUCUACUCUUCAUUUUGAAGUUUUUACAGCUCAAGGACAUAUACGCGACCAUAUUGCUUUAUUUCGUCAAGCACGUAUCAUUGUUGGUCCCCAUGGUGCUGGUCUAAUGAAUUGCUUGUGGGCGUCGCCACGUACUUACGUUGUCGAAAUUGGAUAUUCCACCGGUAUGCUGUUGCCUCAAAUGUAUGCUGAAAUGAGUCUUCAUUUGGAUCAUAAUUAUUGGCUUUGUAAAGGACGUGGAGAUUACGGUUCGCCUAUUCAUGUCGAUAUGGAAGAUUUUGCGUAUAUCUUCAAUGAAAUUCUUCAGGAAAUAAAAUCGAAUAACCAGUUUUAG